AUGAAUUUCAAAGCAUUCGCCAUUGUGUUUUUGGCAACAGUUCUUCUCCUCUGUCAAAACACCCACUCAGCGACUUUGAGAAGUCGAAGGUCCGUUGUGGGCCUUGCAGCUGCGGGAUCGAUACAAGGUGGUCAAACCUUGUCACCCGUUCAUGUUCUUGAUGAAUGGUGUACAAACCUGACGACACAUCUCAACACAACUUUGGAAGAGUUUGUAAGUGAAGUAUAUAUAGAGAAUACUUUAUAGAAAUUGCGGGCGUACGAUAUUUUACGCACGAGUUGUUGACGUAUCAUUAAUCGAACGAGUGAGCACAGCGAACGAGUGAGAUUUCUGUUACAAAGACAACGAGUGCGUAAAUACCGUACGAGGCACUUUCCAUGUGGUAUUGUGUUUACCCCCUUUCCCAAGUCGCGCGCGUCUUAUUUUCGCUUUGCUCGUUUUAGUACGUCCUUAUUAUGCUAUCUGGGAGCCUGGCACAGGCUAAUUAUAUACAUACUGAGACAGUCAUCAUCAUUUCAAAUCUUUCCAAAAUGCUCAAGUUUGCCGCUAGUACACACCGCAAAAUGACAACAAAAUCGAAGUAUCAGCUAUAUUGGUAAAAACGUUGGUUAAAAAUAUAAUGAGGGUAAGGAUAUGAGGUAAUCCAAGAACUACAAGGGCGCUUUCCAUUCAACAAAAAUUCCGGUAUGAAAUUUCGGAAUUUCUCGUGCCCAAUGGAACGGUACUUCCGGUUGCGCAGACCAGACCCAAGCCGUCGCGCGUUUGGUUAUCAGCGAGCUUUAGCAUCGACGACGGCAACGGCAGCGAAAACGUCAGUUUUAAAAUGAAUUCCCGUUUUUUCAAUCUUUGUCGCGUUUAUUCCAAUUUGCUGAAAAUGGCAAGUGUAGGCGAAUUUCCCUGGAGUUGAUUUUAAUUUCUUGCGGAAUCUCACUCAACUUUAGAGAGAGAAAAAGAGAUUCGUCGUCGCUUGUUUACGUCCUCCAUAAAACUUGCAAUUGGGCAUUUUCACGUCGUAGUCGUGCAAGGACGGUAACGAAAUGUACAAAAAUGCGUUAUGAACGUGCAAAGUUGUUGUUUUGCGUAAUAAACCUAUCGCUUUUUUGACGUCCUGGUUGUCGUCGCCGUCGUCGUUGCUAAAGCUCCGUAUUGUUCUUGUAAGCAGGGUACAAAAGAGAAUCUUACUGGGGACAACAAUUACGUCAAAUGGAAAAGGACAUUCGGUCCGACCGACCGAAACGACCAGACAGGUCAAAGUGGACCACCUUCAAAGCUGGUCCCGAAUAUUCUGGUCAGGACAAAACCGAAAUGGUCCGUUCCGUUUGAUGUACCAACCGAAAUUUCCGGAAUUUUUGGGUUGAAUGGAAAGCGCCCCAAGUAAUCUUGACUGUUAAACCUGAAUGUACCAUUGAAAAUAAAUAAAUUUAAGCUUAAGCUUACGUAUCGUUCUGUUUUCCCCUUCUGCUAUUGUUUAGUCGGCGCUCUACAGUUUUCUUCAUCGACAGUGAAACAAACCUCUGAACAAACUCCAAUUUCCGAGAUGUUUUUAACUUUUUACGACAAAAACUGCGAAGCGGCGCUGCAAGGUGCAAGCGCCUAUAGAAGGCGGGAAUUUUGGCGCGAAACUCACACACCCUUGUCGCCUCUGAUUGGACGUAUCAUUUUUCUCACACGUGAUCUUAUUGGACGUAUCAUUUCUUCCACUUGUGAAACCAUCGUUUAUUCCUCUGAUUAGCUAGAACUCAUUUGCGUAUGAAAAUUUACGACAUAGCUUUUUGGUGAGUAUUUCUCAGUAUCUAUAUAAUAAAUAAUUAAAACAAGUACAAAUGGCAAAACUUGGAUAGUUCUAUUUUGAGGGCAAGAAGAAAAUUUACACGAGCCAUGAGCUAUAGCCUAUAGCUUGCAGGUCAAGUGAAUUUUCUUCUUGCCUCAAAGUAAAACUUUCGCCAAGUUUAACCAUUUGAUCGGAUCAUCAGUUCCAAAAGCCAGGCCAAGAUCGUGUACUUGCAGAUAUUAGAGGCUAACAGAUUUUUGCGGAAAAUCUGAUAUAAUUCAUCUCUUUUCCUCAUUACUAAAUUUUGUUUUGAAUUGCAGUUAGAUACUUUCUCGGAUUUUCGCUAAUCUCCGAUCGCAAACUUUCACUAUGUAUUGUUUUUUUUUUAUCCUAGGGAUCUAUCCCUUUCAAAAGAUCAAUGGGAAGCUCCUACAUUUCAGCCUCUUCAGGAGUGACGGUGAGUGCAGAGCUUUGAGACAAUGAAAGAUACCUCAAAGCUGCUAAGUAAAACAAACAGUGAAAGCGAAAGAUAACCCACCUUAUAACUUUGACCGAAGAUAGAUCCGUGAAACGCACCAAUCACAUUUAGAGUCUUCAGUCACAACCAAUAACAUCACGGCUUACUUGACAGUCGACUAAUAACAUCGCAAAUUAAUUGACCAAAGCGGUCAAUAACGAGAAAAUAAUUCCAUCAAAUGACGUGAUACAACUCACUUUGAAUCUGAGGAUGACUUCUGCACAGGUUGUCCAAAACGUCAGUCAUGAUCACUGUCAACAACAUCCCUAUUCAGGGCUUUACUCGACCGAACGAUCACAUUCCACCUAUACUUACGAAGGUAUAGUAGUAUACAAGUGAUUACUGAUCACGGAUUUUUGUUCUCCCUCAGGUAUUGCAGAGGUUGACUUUUGACUUGAAUCAUAUCAGAAUCUACUCUUUAUUGUUUAGUCAAAUUCCAAGUGUCAUGACUGGUCCACAGUCUGAUCUGUGCUUGAAGGAUGGUGUUCGCCUCCUGUCAGGACUCAUUAUUGGCAUGGAUAUGGCGGUAAGUAAUUCAUAUCCACCGCCGUAGCCAGUAUGAGGCGAACCGAGGCACUCGCCUCGGUAAAAUCUUACCAAAUACUGUCGAUUUUUAUUUUUUUUAUGAGAAUGAUAAUAUUAGAAGAUUUCAUACGGCUGAUUUCGUACAACGGACCGUGUGUUCGCCUCGGUUGUAGUUUCUUCCUGUCUACGGCCCUGAAUAUCUCACAGCUUAAAAUUCAGUUAAGAACUCCUUCAAUGCCAGUGUCAACUGGUGCUUAAAGUAGUUUUUAGAACUCCUCUUCGACUUUGAUCGUUUGUUUUCCAGUUUUAUAGAGCUAGACCACGUAAUGUGGAAACUCUUUUCAAAUUUUGUCUCAUUUGCGUACCUAUGAAAAAAGGCUAAAAGCAAAUUUCCUUGAAGCCGUCACAUGACCUGAAAUGGGGCAGAAAUCUGUCUAUAGCUAUGACACGUUAUAGGCUUUUCUCCGCCUAGAUACUCAGUGUCUGAAUAAUACAAACGAGAGAUGCGCCAAUGACAUGUUACACCAAAAUAAAUCGUGUCUUUUCCACGCUUUGCCUGUUGGUUUCAGGCUCAACAACGCCCUGUUUUUUAAUCGAGGUUAAAACUUUUCUUGUUCCUCAAUGUAUUGUGGAUAUGAUUUAUCAACAGGCAUUUUAAUUCCUUUUAAAUGAGUCCCCUCCCACGAAGUGAAAAAGAUGAACGAGUGCUGUGAAAAUUCCAAAUCAUCGAUAUGCCAUCUUAAUAACUCUAAGAUCUUUUCAGGAGUUAUCACUAUUUUCUCUAUUUCUCACAUAGGAAGCCUACUUAAACGGUACUUCUUCAUUUCCGCCCCAGUUCCUUCAUGGGAAUAAGCGCAGCAGCCCAGCUCGAUACCAGGACCUCAGUCGUGAAGUGGCAGUGCUUAAAAGUCAAAUGAGAGAACUGGUCAUUAUUAUUGGCAAUAAUAUGUUUUCCAGCUCAGCGCACGUCGUUAGUGUAUAA